GCUGCUGCGCCGUGCGGACCGCCUGGGGCCUCGCCGUCUUCGUUCGCUACCUGACCACUGCGCUGCGACCCCGCUGGAGUUGCCGCCUGCCACUGCUGAUGAGAAUUCUUCUCGACACGAUCCACGGCAGGACUGGAGAGAGCUUGCUGGUGCUGCUGGUGACUUGCUCCGUGAGCCUUAUGACGUGGGCCCGAUCCUUCUCAACCUCGUCGAGGAUUUCCCUGGUUCGUUCGGUCGCUACGUCCGCGACUCCCUCAAACCUCAGCUGCGCGAGCAUAUGACCACCAUGGGAGGUCGGCUGCAACGUGACUUGCUGCCGUUACCGUACCUUGCCAUCGUGGAGACCGGCGUCGUGCGCGACGGCGAUGACCUUAGCGACCUGAACUGGGAGGCGCUCCACUGCAGGCUGGUUGUCACGGUGCUGGCGCUCAACUGGGAGGCAGGCUUCCGCUCGCUGAAGUUCGCGCGCCAUUGCCGCAGGCGCCCGAACGCUGCUCAGCGGGCAGCCUUGGCGGCCCUGGGCCGCCGCCUGUACCUGGCGACGCGCAUCGAGACCAGCCUGCCUGCGGAGCUCAACUGGGAGGACCGCCUGAAGGACCGCAAGAUCGGCUACGGCGGCGCCGAGAUCACCGCGCCUCACAAGCUGACCUUGGAGCAGGUGCUGGACGGCUUGCCGCCGCCUGGCGUUGCGGCCUCGAUUGAGGCUGCCGAUGUCGCGACGGGCUUCGUGCCCGACGCGUUGCUGGAUCUUGGGCUGGUGCUGCUGCCGCCUGCGCUGCGCCGUGCGGCGCCGACUUCGGCGCGGGUUUGGGCCUCGGAAGGCGAGUGGCAUCGCGUCGUUGAGGCCCUGCAUGAGCGCGGGAUGGUCGGCCCGAUCCCCGCGCCUGAUAUCGCGCGCCGGGAUGGGUCGCCGCUGCUGAACGGAGCCUUUGGGGUUCCGAAGGCCCACGACGCCCCUGUCAAGUGUCAGGGCGGGGUGCUGAGGCCCGUGCUCAGGCCCAUCACCAAUCUGAUCCCGUCGAACGCCUGCCAACUGAACGGCCUGGUCUUGACGGAGUCCGAGGACUUGUUGUGGAGCGGCGCCGACAGGAAGGCCUUCUUCUACGUCUUCCGCGCGCCGCCGCCGUGGUGGCCGUACCUGGUGAUCGGGCCGCCAGUGCCGUCGCGCCUACUGAGUCUCAAGGAAGGCGGCACUACCCACAUCUGCCUGCGCGUGAUCGGCAUGGGCUGGAUCAGCGCGGCGGGGGUCACGACUCAUCUUCAUCGCAACAUGCUGCGUCGCGGCAGCGCGGUGCCUCGCGGCCUGAGCCCCAGCUGCGAGAUUACCCGGCGCCGCCGCCUGCCGCUUGGUGCAGAGAAGCCCUGCCCGCCUGCUUGGAUGGUGUACAUCGACAACUUAGAGAUCGCCGAGAUCGUCGACAAAUCUGAGGCCGACAAGUUACGCGGGACGGUCCCCGAGCUGCUGACUGACGCUCGGGCCUGCUACGAGGCCGCAGGGUCGCCUGGCUCCCCGGGCAAGGACCUGCACCGCGUGGUGCGCGCUACCACUCUGGGCGAGCUUGUUGAUGGUGUUGAAGGUGUCCGUCGGCCACCUGCAGGAUAUAUUACUGAGAUGGCCAGCCUCGCGCUCUGGGUUCUGGGCAAAAGGCGAGCCAGCAUGCGAUUGAUACGUAUUAUUCUUGGGCGCUGGGUUCGCGUGCGCUGCUUCCGCCGCCCGCUGGCCGCGAGCUUCGCUUACACUUGGAAGUGGCUCAACGACCCGCGCUGUGGAGGCCGCUUCAGCGUGAGCGUGAUCGAGGACUUGCUGAUGUGCCUGGCCCUGUCGGGGCUCUGCGUGGCUGACAUGAGGCUCGAGGUCGACCACCUGGUGACGGCCUCGGACGCGUCGGAGGCCGCUGGAGCCGUGGUGUACAGCACGGCGCUUACCGAGCGCGGGCGCGUCGUUGCGGGCAGGCGCCAGCGGCCCGCUAACGCCGCCUGCGAGGAGGAGACCGCCCUGAUCACCGUCUUUGAUGGCAUCGGCGGUGGGCGCAGAGCCUUCGAGAUAUUGGGCCUGGUACCAGCGGUGCACCUGUCGUUUGAGGUGGACCCGCAGGCGGUUCGGGUCGCGCGGCGCGCUUAUCCUGGCGCGCAGCACCUCGGCGAUGUUACAUCUGCUGACCCCGCUGCCCUGGCUGGCCUGCUGCGGGCCCGCGGCCGCAUCACCCGCGUGGUGGUCAUCGGCGGCUUCCCGUGCCAGAUCUACACGAGCUUGAACGUCGACCGCAAGGGCUCGUCGGACUCGCGCGCCUCGCUGGUCGAUCACAUGGUGAGGGUCAUCCGAGGCCUGCGCGCAGCCAUGCCCGAGGUGAGCGUUGACUUCCUUGGCGAGAAUGUAGCAUCAAUGGCAGAGUCCGACGUCCUUCACCUCAGCGGGUUGUUCGAGCGGAUCCCCUUGGAGGUUGAGGCUGGUGACGUCGGCUGGGUGAGGCGUCCUCGUCUCUACUGGCCGUCCUGGGCUUUGCUGCCGUCGUACGAGGCCAAGACCGUGAUGGUGCUGACCAAGGACGGCGCCUCUCGCCGCCUGUGCCGCGUGUCGCUGGAGGUGGAGCGCCCGCCGCUGGAGGAGUGGCUGCCGUUCCGUGACAAGUGGUGCAUUCACUGGCCUGACGGACGGAUCGCGCCUCCUGACGCGGGGAUGAGGGAGAAGCUGAUGGGCUUCGCCGAAGGCCACACCGUGCCCUGCAUGACCAGCAGUGAGGCGAAGGCCGAGCCCGGCAAGUACGAGGGGUUGAGGCGUUCGCUGGUCGGCAACUCGUUCCAGUGCGAGGUGGUGGCGUGGCUGCUGGCGCACUGGGCUGUCGCUGCUGGGCUGCUGGUGGCGGUGCCGCCCUUCUCCGAGCUGCACGAGAGCGCUCGGGCUUGGGCUGGCGGGCGCAAGCUGCGGGCUGGCGACGUCACCUCGCUGCGACGCAGCCGCGCGAAGGUCGACGCGGAGGUCUGCAGCGAGCUGGUGGCCCGCAGCGCAGCCGCAUCGGGCGAACGCCAGCGGACGGGCGAGCGGCCCGCCGCGGCGGCGCCGACGGCGGCCAGCAGGCUCGUCUACGUCGGGCGCGGCUCACGGCGCUGGAGCCUCGCCCCGUCGUGUUUCGGCAGCCCGUUCGCAGUGAGCCCGAGCUGCUCCCGCGAGGACGCGGUGGCGCUGUUUGCUGGAUGGCUGCGCGGCCAGCCCGAGCUGCUUCGCCGCCUGGAGGACUUGCGCGGCGCCAAGCUGGUCUGCCACUGCAGUCAGUCCGAGGCAUGUCAUGCAGAUGUGCUGCUUGCAGAACUGGCCAAACGCGAUGCUACGUCCUGGCGUGAUUCGGAUGUCUCGCGUAGUCAGCUCAACAAGGUUGUGCGCAGCUUCUCGGCCUGGGAGCUGGCGAUGGGCGCGCGGGCGGCGUUCGGCUUCACCUCAUCAGCUCGGAACCCCGCGGACGCGCCGUCGCGCCUGAAGAUACCGUCGAGCAGCCCAGCAGUUGCUGACUAUCUUAACGCCAUGAAUCUGCCGUUGCCGUUCAGUUGGGAAGACAUGGAUGUCACAUUACAAGACUACCUUGAAAACUUGUGGGCCGAAGGUGCCACUAAAGGUCAAGCUAACGAUGCACUGAGUGGGGCGCAGCACCUGUUGAGGACGCGCCGGCAGUACCCAGGCGCGUGGAGAUUGUUGUCGGUCUGGGGGCGCCUAGAGGCGCCGCAGCGUGCGCCACCGAUGCCGCCGCUGGUGUGCACUGCGCUCGCGGGCUGGGCGCUGGGCCGCGGUGAGAUCGCCUUCGCCGCGACGAUCCUCGCAGGCUUCCACCUCUGCCUUCGGACAGGCGAGGCUCUCGGCCUCUCCAGCAGCGUCAUUCAGCUCAAGCCUUGCGGCAGAGGCGUGGUGUCGUUGCCCUGGACAAAGACAGCCUGUCAGAAGGGAGCGCGGGAGACGGUGACGCUGAAUGACCCGCUCGUGGGAGCGGUCGUCCAUUUGCAGCUGCAGCCCUGCCACCCGUUCCUCGCUCCAGACCUUCUCAGAUACCUCGAUUGCACGCGCUCGGGCGUACUGUAG